AUGCGCUGGUUGGUGCGAUCUGUUAUCCCACCUGUUGGGAUCAUGCGAAACACAUCUAUUACGUCUGGCACACGACUUCUCUGUACAACAAGGACUAUUUAUGCCCCCAAACGUUCACUCUCAACAACAAGAAAAAGUAAUUCUCCAAAAACCUCCGCUCUCUCACGCAGAGGCAGCAGUAGCAGCGGUAGCAACAACUCGCGUGGAGGUGCUGCGACAGCUCUUAAAGAGAACAGCACAACAACAGCAACAACAACUCCCACUUCUAGAGCGAAUACGAUUGCGGAUACUGUUCCUGGUUUUGCGGCGAGUACUAUUAGUCUAGAGGAAGGAGAAGAAGAGGCGGAACGACGACUUAUGGAGGGAGAUACAAGACUCGCCAUGCGGUUAUUGAUGCAGCGUCACUUUCUUUACCAAAAUAAUGCGCGACGACCAGAAGAGCGGCGAUUAGAGGAGGAACGGGAUAAAUUGCGAAGAAAACACCGAGCACGCAUGGAGCGGAUUGAGGAAAAAACACGCAACUCAAUAAAACUAGGAUCUGAUAUCGCCGUUGACGGUAUUCUUCCCCUCUACCGACACUCCAAGGCAAAGGGAGCAGCAGCAGCAGCGGCAGGUGCGGGGAUGAUGGCAGCGUCCACGGGUUCGUGGAUGCGUCUCAAUCCCGUAGAGGCUGAGAGUAUUGGCAUGACUGAUGAUGAUGACUAUAAUAGCGGAGGUGAUGGUGGUAUCAAGGAUAUUCAUGCAAGUGCACUCCUAAUGAAACCGGAUAUCUCUGCUUAUGAUAGUGAACAUGACCAACGAAUUUGUAGUUCAGAGGUGCUGGAUGAAGAGCAGAAACGGUCCCAAGGGGAACCAAAGGAUGGUGAGGGAACGGUUAAGUUGUUGUCGAAAGAAGAACUUGAGAUGAGUGCUGGAUUGACGCCUCAGCGUGUGAUGCAGAGUCAACUACUACAGGAUGAGGACCAAGACUUUGCAGUGGAGGCGUAUCUCAGUGACAUUGAUGAAUAA